CGGCGGCGACAGUGCGGCCCAAGCCUCUGCCUCCUGCCGCGCGAGCCGUGCGGCUCCUCGACACCCCCGCCCAGCUUGCUGCCGGCGCACCUCAGCUCCUCGGCACCCUCCCUCUCCCUCCCUCCCUCCUCAGCGGUCCGUCCGUCCCUCUGCCCGCUCCGAGCCGCGGCGCCUCGCACUUCUGACUCAAGUCUUCGCCGCGCUCGUCGCCGCCGCCCGGAACCGCCGCCCCGCGCCAUGGAGCCGGCCGCGGGCAGCGAGCGCCGCAGCCCCUCGGGCCCCGCGGUCCCGGCGCCGCCCCGGGGCCACGCGCCCUUGGCCGCCGCCCCCGGCCCGGGCCCGCAGAGCAACCCAGCUCGCGAGCCACCCAAGCCCGAAGAGGAGCGGCAGCUGCGGAUCAGCGAGAGCGGCCAGUUCAGCGACGGGCUGGAGGAUCGAGGCUUACUAGAAAGCAGCACUCGCCUGAAGCCUCAUGAGGCCCAGAACUACAGAAAGAAGGCGUUGUGGGUCUCCUGGUUCUCCAUUAUUGUCACCCUGGCCCUGGCAGUGGCUGCCUUCACUGUCUCCGUUAUGAGGUACAGCGCCUCUGCUUUUGGGUUUGCAUUUGAUGCCAUCCUCGACGUCCUGUCCUCGGCGAUUGUCCUAUGGCGUUACAGCAAUGCUGCCGCUGUACACUCUGCCCACAGGGAGUACAUAGCCUGUGUCAUCUUGGGGGUGAUAUUCCUUCUGUCAUCCAUAUGUAUAGUGGUCAAAGCCAUCCAUGACCUCUCAACUAGGCUGCUGCCAGAAGUGGAUGACUUCCUGUUCAGCGUCUCUAUUUUAAGUGGGAUCCUUUGCAGUAUCCUGGCUGUGUUGAAGUUUAUGCUGGGGAAGGUUCUGACCAGCAGAGCACUCAUAACAGAUGGGUUUAACUCCCUCGUGGGCGGCGUGAUGGGCUUCUCCAUCCUUCUGAGCGCGGAGGUGUUCAAGCAUAAUGCGGCGGUCUGGUACCUGGAUGGCAGCAUCGGUGUGCUGAUCGGCCUCACCAUCUUUGCCUACGGAGUCAAACUCCUCAUCGACAUGGUGCCCAGGGUGAGGCAGACCCGCCACUAUGAGAUGUUCGAGUGACGGUGGCCAGCAGGGCCUGGGCCGGCAGCUCUGCGUCCACACCAAGACCGUCAG